AUGGCUUCCAACCCUUGCUCUGCAUGCAAAGUCUUGAAAUCCGUGUGUACAGGUGAAUGCGUUUUUUCGCCAUAUUUUCCAUCGACGGAGCCUGAAAUUUUUGACCGUGUGCAUAGAAUUUUUGGAGCCGAAAACGUUUACAAAAUACUGAGCAAUGAGACUUUCUCACCUUUACAGCGUGAACAUGCUGUUAAGGCUCUCAGCUAUGAAGCUGAAGCCCGCAUACGUGAUCCUGUAACAGGGUAUUAUGAUAUGUCUUUGGCUUAUGAAAAAAUUCUCAACAAUUUGAAAGAGCAAAUUGUCUCUGCAAAGAAUGAGAUCGUGGCCACCAUGGGACCCGAUAAAAUGGGUGAUAAUCAUGGAGCUGAUGAGGCAUCAACAUCUGCAAUGCCACCUGCAUCUUCAGGAGGCACCAAUGAUACUCAACAGACAUCUUAA